GGUGGAAGAAGAGAUAGGACCCCGGAUUCUUCUUUCCACCGCUGUUAAGCUGGCUCGUUGCCAUUCUGCCAUUGUCCCGACCUGCUGGCUGCUGCCCUCUAAUUCCUUUUACUCCCCGCCGAGCGAAACAAACGGCCUUCUUGGUCGCCUCCCCCAUUUCGCCGCUGGGCGCUGGCUCACCCCACUGGCUUUCUCAAGUUUCAAGCCCCUGCUGCAUCUUGGCCAGGUUGACUUGGAGUUGGAAGUGUCGUCGUUUUGUUCUCCAGCAUGGACACAACCGCCGACAUGAGUGGCCUGAAGCUCGGACUGUCUUGAACACACAAGAGUCCUAUAUGUACACAUUGUGAAACUUCAUCAAGGGAGCAAUUCUCCAUGACUGAUGAGUCCACCAAAUCUUCUAUUUUCCCUUCUUUCCACAUGUUCCAUGCCUGAAACAUGACACAAUCUCAUAUCAGGAUCGUUUUUAUCAUGUGGACAGUUCUGAAUUAUUAUGAGAGUGUGCCAGUCCUUACAUAUGCUCUAAGAUUAGGAAAAUCCAUGUGAAGAUGUGGUGAGCUGAUCUUCAAACCACUUACAAUCUCCAGCAUUAAAACACCAAAGCUUUGAAGAUGAGCAGGGCAUCAAUCAAAAUCAUCCCAGAGUGCUACAGCAGACAGGCAGCACUUAAGCUGAAAGGUGGAAUAACAACUUGAAGAGUGACGGGACAAAGACAUCGACGACCUGGUCCAAACUAAGUCCAAAACACUGCAGACCGGUGGACUUUGACGCCGUAAUUGCCUUGGGCUGGGCCGUUGGGCGAUGUAACGCGUCAUCAACACGACCGUCACCGGCCCCAUGUACCAUCACGCAAGCGCACGCGAUUAAUAGCGGGUGGGCCGCACGUACAUAGCUAGCUGAGUUAGUUACAAACAUGUGCUGUAAGCCUGUAUAACAAAUGAUCCAAUCUUUACAUACAUAGCUAGCUGACGUGCAUGAUUCCGUGUGCAACGACAAACAUACAUCGCACAUGGCGGUUCUCAACCUCCUCGCCUUGAUCAUUGCCACGCUACUGCUACUUUUCAGAAGAACCUCCGGCGCCGGCAUUUCGCCGGCGGACACGCUCAACAGCGGGGGCAACGUCACCGAUGGCGAGACGCUGGUCUCGGCCGGUGGCACAUUCACCCUGGGCUUCUUCUCCCCGUCGACCACGGUGCUGACCAAGAGGUACCUCGGGAUCUGGUUCACGGCGUCUGGUACGGACGCCGUCUUGUGGGUGGCCAACCGCGAAACCCCGCUAAACAACACCUCCGGCGUCCUGGUGAUGAGCAGCCGGGUGGGCCUUCGCCUUCUCGACGGCUCUGGCCGGACCGCCUGGUCCUCAAACACGACCGGCGCCUCCACCUCUUCGGUGGCACAGCUGCUCGGGUCCGGCAACCUCGUCGUGCGCGAGAAGAGCAGCAACGCCGUCUUCCAGUGGCAGUCGUUCGACCAUCCGCAGAACACCUUGCUCGCCGGCAUGAGGUUCGGCAAGAACCUAAAGACCGGCAUGGAGUGGUCCCUGACGUCGUGGCGGGCGCAGGACGACCCCGCGACGGGGGACUACCGUCGUGUCAUGGACACGAAGGGCCUUCCGGACAUCGUUACUUGGCACGGCAACGCCAAGAAGUACCGCGCGGGUCCGUGGAACGGGCGCUGGUUCAGCGGCGUGCCGGAGAUGGACUCAGGGUACAAGCUGUUCUCCGUCCAGAUGGUGGACGGCCCGGACGAGGUCACCUACGUGCUCAACACCACGGCCGGCAUCCCCUUCACCCGCGUGGUGCUGGACGAGGUUGGCAAGGUGCGGGUCCUGAUGUGGCUGCCGACCAGCCGGGUGUGGAAGGAAUACCCAUGGCUGCCGCGCGACGCCUGCGACGAGUACACGUCCUGCGGCGCGUUCGGCCUGUGCAACGUCGACGCCGCGCCGACGCCGUCCUGCAGCUGCGCCGUGGGGUUCAGCCCCGUGAACGCGUCGGAGUGGUCCAGGAGGGAAGCCUCCGGCGGGUGCCAGAGGGACGUGCCGCUGGAGUGCGCCGCCGGCAACGGGACGGCGGUGACGGACCGGUUCGCGCCCGUGCACGGCGUGAAGCUCCCUGACACGGACAACGCGACGGUGGACAUGGGCGCGACGCUGGAGCAGUGCAAGGCGAGGUGCCUCGCCAACUGCUCGUGCGUGGCCUAUGCCCCCGCCGACAUCCGAGGCGGCGGCGAUGGCAGCGGCUGCGUCAUGUGGAAGGAUAACAUCGUUGAUGUCCGGUACAUAGAAAAUGGGCAGGAUCUGUUUCUGAGGUUGGCCAAGUCUGAAUCAGCUACAGGGGAGAGGGUCCGUCUGGCAAAGAUUUUGGUUCCAGUGAUGGCGUUUGUGCUUGCACUCACGGCCGCCGGCAUGUACCUUGCUUGGAACUGCAAGCUUAGAGCCAAGCGUCGGAACAGGGAUAAUUUGAGGAAAGCGAUCCUAGGAUACUCGACUGCGCCAAACGAACUCGGUGAUGAAAACGUAGAGCUCCCAUUUGUCAGCCUUGGAGAGAUUGCUGCAGCAACAAAUAAUUUUUCCGAGGACAACAUGCUUGGGCAAGGUGGCUUUGGGAAGGUCUAUAAGGGUACGCUGGGACAGAACGUGCAGGUUGCAAUCAAAAGGCUCGGCCAAUGUUCAGGACAGGGCGUGGAGGAGUUCAGGAACGAAGCCGUCCUGAUCGCGAAGCUGCAGCACAGGAACCUGGUCAGGCUUCUUGGAUGCUGCAUCGACGGAGACGAGAAGCUGCUAGUCUACGAAUACUUACCGAACAGAAGCCUGGACUCCAUUAUUUUUGAUGCUGCAAGUAAACACCUCCUUGAUUGGCCAACACGUUUCAAGAUAAUCAGAGGAGUAUGUCGAGGGCUCCUUUAUCUCCACCAGGACUCAAGGCUGACUAUAAUCCACAGAGACCUGAAGACGAGCAACAUACUGCUGGACGCAGAUAUGAGCCCCAAGAUAUCGGAUUUCGGCAUGGCAAGAAUCUUUGGUGGAAACCAGCAUGAAGCGAACACCAAUCGAGUUGUUGGGACGUACGGUUACAUGUCUCCUGAAUAUGCAAUGGACGGCGUGUUUUCUGUCAAGUCAGACACGUACAGUUUCGGCGUCAUAGUCUUGGAGAUCAUAAGUGGCCUGAAGAUCAGUUUAACCCAUUGCAAUGGCUUCCCUAACCUGCUAGCUUAUGCAUGGAGCUUGUGGAUAGACGACAGAGCCAUGGAUCUCGUGGACUCGUCCCUGGAGAAGAGCAGUUCCUGCAGUGAAGCUUUACGCUGUAUCCAGAUCGGACUGCUGUGUGUGCAGGACAACCCGAAUAGUAGGCCGCUCAUGUCGUCGGUGGUGACCAUGCUCGAGAACGAAAGUACGCCACUUGCAGUGCCGAUACAGCCAAUGUAUUUCUCAUACCGGGGACUGGGAGGGACGGGAGAAGAAAAUAAUACUAGCAGUUCUGUGAAUGGCAUGAGCCUCACGACAAUGUUAGUGGGACGAUAGUUGUUGUUUAUUAUAUUAUACCUCCGUUUUUGUUGGAACAGAUGUGUAAUAGCGCAUUAGCAGCUUAUAUUGUUCUAGAGAAGUCAUAUAUUUAUAUAUCGAUUGCUAUUAUAAGCAAGAUGAUAUUACAGUGUU